AUGUCAGCAGCAACGCUCCACCAGAAAUAUGGUCCAAGCUUUAGUAAUAAAUGUAGCGAAAGAUCCACAUCUACAGCAUCGAUCGGGGAGGCAGCAACAACAGCAGCAUUGGCAGAUUAUUGUACUCCAUUAAAAGAUAAUACAAAAGUACUAGCUGAAGAUAGCGAUCUGAAAUUACUAAAUGAGAUUAACUCUUUCUCAACCUCUAAUGGUAAUAACAGCAAUUACGACCUUUCUUAUUAUUUUGGUCAAUCAAUGUCGACAAGCACUACAAAGACUACAACAAAUUUGUCUGAUAAUUUCCCAAAUGUCAUUUACAAAAGAGGCCGAUCACUCUCGAUCGACAGCAUAAUUUCGGUUAAUCAUCAACAACAACAGCAACAGCAGGCAAUGCCACUAACACAGCCAUUUGUGAUAUUGAGUGAUGAGAACAAGACUCAAAUUUAUAAAAAGAAAACCGAUAAAAGCAACAAAAAGGCUUUCCAGUUUUUUGGGGAACAAGUAAAACUGGAGAUAUCAGCCAAAGAAAUUAGAAGAGAAGGACCACGGGCAUUACUACAUUCCACUGUACCACUAGCAUAUUUUUUAUAUCACCUAUUGAAUAAAUACAGCAGUGAAAAUCUGUUUUUCUAUUUAGCUGUCGAUAAUUAUGAGCAUUUCAAUUUCUCAAGCUACAGCGAGCGAUAUCAAGUUGCCAACAAGAUUUACAAAACGUAUCUUACCCGGAAUUCAGACGUUGAGGUGAACUUGGAGGAUAGAAUUUACCGGCAAGUGACCAAUGCACUAAGUAGCCAAUACACGACUACUGGCAAAGAGUUUGAAGCAGCAAAGAGGCACGUAUUCUCACUCUUGAACGUGAGUUAUCAGCAAUUCAGAACAAGUUCAGUUUGGGAUAUCAUGGAGUCCAAAUGCAGUGAUCUCAAGUCAUACAACCGUAGUAGGUCGCAGGCACUAGUUGUCAAUCUACUGUUAUCGCAAAUCAAAUGGAGAAAUCGAGACUCUGCCACAUUCAAACUUGUACAUUCAUUUUGUCGCAUUUACCUACCAUUCGGAUAUGAUCACCGGCUGUUAGAAGAACCAACAUCAACCCCCACAUCAUCUAGUAGCAUAACAAAUAGAAGGAGCAGAAGCAAGAGCACGAGUAACAGUUCAGAGAGCAAAAAGAAUGGUGGAUUUAUCACUAGCAAAUUUGAUAUUUUCAAACUAUCUCGUAAAUAA